AUGCCAGCAAACUAUUCUCGAAUUGAUGAGUUUAUACUAUUGGGCUUUUCCAACGUUUCCCAGAGGUUUCAACUUUUUCUUUUUCUCCUCUUUCUUUUUAUCUACAUAUUUACUCUGCUGGGCAACAUAACCAUUGUUUCAGUGGUCACACUGGACUCUGUUCUUCAUACCCCUAUGUAUUAUUUUCUACGUAACCUGUCCUUUCUUGAAAUUUGCUAUGUUACCGUCACACUACCAAAGCUGCUUCAGACCUUUCUUGCCAAAAGGAAGGCCAUCUCUUUCAGUGGCUGUUGUGCUCAGAUGUACUGUUUCUUCACUCUUGGUGUCACUGAGUGCUUCCUUCUGGCUGUUAUGGCUUAUGACAGGUAUGUGGCCAUCUGCAAUCCUCUGAGAUAUUUCACUGUGAUGAGCAAAGCUACAUGCCUAAAGCUGGCCACAAUCUCUUGGGUUUCUGGCAAUCUUAUAUCCCUUGGUCAAACAGUUUCCAUUUUUUCCCUGCCAUACUGUGGCCCUAACAUUAUUAAUCACUUUUUUUGUGACAUCCCACCUGUGCUCAAACUGGCUUGUACUGAUGUUUCUGCCAAUGAGAUCGCUGUUGCAGUGACUGGCUUUUUAGUCCUCCCCCUGCCUUUUGUAUUGGUGCUCUGCUCCUAUGGAAGAAUCAUUGCUGCUAUUAUACGCAUUAGCACUAGUAAGGGACGCAAGAAGGUCUUCUCCACCUGUGCUUCACACUUUGUGUCUGUCACCUUGUUUUUUGGUACAGGUGCAUUCACCUAUGUCAGGAUGAAAACAAGGGACACCGCUGAUAAUGACAAAAUAUUGUCUCUUCUAUACAGUGUGAUAACUCCUUUACUAAACCCCCUUAUAUACACUUUAAGAAACAAGGAGGUAAAAGGUGGACUUAAAAAACUGUUGCCUUGUAAAACUAAUGGCAAGGAAACACAAGAAUAA